AUGGAAACAACUGAAGAACUCCAACAACUCGAAAUCACCGCAUUGAAAUCCAUUUAUGAUACAGACUUCUUCGAGCCACCGCCGCCCAAGGCUUGGAAGGUCCGUCUACUCGGAGCCACCAGAUUGCCCGAAUUCAUCAUCAAAGUCACCCACCCCGAUCCGAUCCAUGCCUCCAAGGUCUACUUUCACUUGCAUACCAGACUACCUAAAACAUAUCCCACACUUGCAACCCCCGUGUUCACUAUACAGAAACCUCGCGGUAUUAACCAUGAUCAUGAGAUAACUCUUCAGAAAGCCAUUCAUUCUGAGGCUCAGAUGCUUCGGGGAUCUGAAAUGGUCUUCCAGAUCAUUACGUCGGCUCAGGAGUGGCUAGCUGAUCACGUCCAUCCUGCCAUUGAAUCCUCCGGCUCUCUUGCCACUGAGAUGACGAAGCGUGCUUUGGAAGAAGAGAAGGAACGAAAGCGACGAGAGGAGGAAGAGGCCGAAAAGGAGUUUGAGUUAGCAGCUCAACGUGCCGAAGAACUUCAGGAACAGAUUCAGGCUGAUGCGCAGAGGCAUAUUCUUGCCAAGGAGAUGCAGUAUAAGGCAGCUCGGCGAAGGGCACAGUCUGAUGCUACUGAAGUUCCCUCCUCGGGAGACACCCUCACAGAGUCCUUUCCCAGUGAAAUCGAAUUCAGGGGAGUACGUUUCAAUGUCGUCAAGAUGUUUCAUCCGCGAAAAGAGUGUCUUGGUAUCACAUACCUUGCAGAUCCGUUGUGUGACGACGUAAACGCAACACUACCGCUCGAGGUCCACACCAUCAACUUUAAUUCGGACUACUACACGACUACUCAAGGGAAGAAAAAAUUACACGCAGCAGAAGCCGAGAUUCAGAAACUCAUCAAUAUUCAGCACCCGAACCUUCUAAGCACUCUUGCUGUCAAACUGAACUUUCCUUACUCUGGCGCUCCACCGCGCAUGACCAUUCUCUCCGAACAAAGACCUGCGUUAACAUUGCAAGACGUUCUUGAGGAUUGUGAACGUCUUCGAGAAGAUCGAGCAUCAGAAUAUCUUGGUCAGAUUCUGUCUGCCCUGAACGCGGUCCAUUCGGCCGACAUAAUUCACAGAGGUCUUGACAUUUCUUGCAUCUAUCUUGCUACGAGAGAGAACAGAACCCACACCAAGAUGGUCAGGUUAGGAAAAGUUGGUUAUCAUGCACGCUUGAAGGACUACCAUAAGUCUAAUCCGUUUGGCAACGGCAUAUCAAACGUGAACGAGGAAGAGUAUAUACGUCCAACACCUUGGUUAUCCAAAGAUGUCCUUGAGUCUGUUCUAUCAUACACUCGAGGACGCGAUAUACACAGUGUUGGAGUGAUUUUCAUGCAAAUGGUCGAUGGACGAGACGUCAUGAGACAGUUUAGUGAUCCUAAUGAGGCCGUGCAAGCCGCGGCUCUUUCUCCUACUCUCCGAACAUGUGCACUGAAUAUGUUGAUGCACGCGAAGAAAGUUUCCUGCUUGAGCCUUUUAGCUGAACUGGCAUCGGCAGUGCCUCUUCAAUCCCCACGACGAAUCGGAAUCCCCACAACAAUUCCAUUCAUCAACACCGAUCUCAGGAGUCCGAAACCCAAUGGAUACUUUGGCUCUCCUGAGAAUGACUACUUCCGAAUUCCUCAGCGCACUGCUCCAGCCAGUCGCUGGAAGGAGGAUUGGGAGGAGCUCGAACUCUUGGGCAGGGGUGCCUUUGGAUCUGUGGUCAAAGCUCGAAACAAGAUUGAUAAUCGCAUCUAUGCAGUCAAAAAGAUUCGUUUACGAUCAGACAAGGACGACAACAAGCUGUUCCGCGAAGUGAACGCUUUAAGUCGGCUGUCGCAUCGUUUCAUCGUCCGAUAUUACACGACGUGGGUCGAAUUCAAUGAGUCAAAUUCAAGCAUAAUGUCUUCAAACUCUGACACUGGAUCUGAUUCUGGGACUGAGGGUGGCAUGACAUCCGUGCCCAAAUCGUACGAGCGCGAGACGUCUGAUCCAUUCAAGGUAAAAUUGGAGGACCUGGACGAUUAUGGGUCCAAUAAGACGUCUUUUCCGAGCAUUCAUUUCACACGGCCCGAGAUCAAGAGUGAUAACCAAGAAGAAGACGAAGAGGACGAUGACAGCGAUGAAGAUUUUGGCAAUCUCUUUUCCUCGGAGUACACUACAGACGAAGACACUCCGAAGGAUCCUAUCCAACCUCGAACGUUGUACAUACAGAUGGAAUUUGUUGAGCGUCAGACUCUGAAAGAGCGAGUGGCAGAGGGUUUGUCUGAAGAGGAGGCUUGGCGGUUGUUUUAUCAAAUCCUCGAUGCCUUGGUGCACAUGGGUAGCAUGGGUAUUCUUCACCGAGAUAUCAAGCUCACGAACAUCUUCAUUGGUAUGAACUACUCUUACCUAUGUGUUCCAAUACGCUUACCCUUCACUCAGAUGGGAAGGGGGACUGCAAAGGCAAUCGGAGACUUUGGUUUGGCCACCUCGAGUUUAGCUGCUGUUGACCCCUCAGAUCUAUCACCGUCUGUCGUCCAUUCAGACUCAGAACUGACGCUCGCAGAGGUUGGAACGAAGUUGUACAUCGCUCCCGAAGUCCAGUCUAGGAAACGAGGACCCCGCAAUCACAAUAAAGCCGACAUGUAUAGUUUGGGGAUUGUUUUCUUCGAGAUGAACUUUUCUUUUUCCACGGGCGCGGAGCGUAUAGCUGUGCUCGAAGACCUAAGGAAGCCCGAGGUAUACUUCCCUCGAGAUUGGAACCCUCACCGCUCUAGCCAGAAACAAAUUAUUGCUGCACUCCUUCGCCAUGACCCUGCCGUGCGUCCAAAUGCACUGGAACUCUCACAGAGCCCUCUUCUCCCUCCUAGAGUAGAGGAUGAAUAUUUCAAAGGAGCUCUGCGAAUGAUGACUAAACCGGACUCUCCGUACCACCAGGGCGUAUUGUCUGCCUUGUUCAACCAGCCUGUGAAUCAGGCUCGAAGCUACUUGUACGACAUCGAAGCUGAAAUUCCCGAGCACGCGUACCUGAACGACAUCGUUGAGGACCGAAUCGCAGCCAUCUUUCGACUUCAUGGUGCAGUUGACAUGGAACCUCCGCUUUUGAUACCGUCGUUCAAUCCUGAAGAGUGCCAGAACCACGCUACUCUCAUUGAUCGUCAUGGAGAAAUGGUUUGCUUACCAAACAACGCGUUAGUACCUUUCGCCCGGUUGGCUGCACGAGCCGGGCUGCGAAGAAUCAAGCGAUUCCAUAUCACGAAUAUUUAUCGGCCAAACUCCGCCCCAGGACAUCCAAAGGCUACGAAAGCAGCGGUUCUUGAUGUCAUCACUCCCGAUACCAAGCAUGGGCUGAUGGCAGCUGGUGCCGAGUUCCUCAUUCUUCUGAGCAAUUGCUUGAACAGUUUCCCAAACCUUGCUCAGAACUACGAGAUCCAUAUCUCUCAUUCUAAGAUCGCCGAUCUUGCUUUGAAUCGUAUUCCGGAAGAGCUCCGUUCUUUUGUGAUAGAAAUCAUUAAUCAGUCGAAGUCUACUGCUCCACAAAAGCGAGUAUCUCUGUUGAAGAAAGGCCUCUUGAGGAGUACGACGGAUGAAUUAGAGGUCCUUGCUGAAAUAGGAAUAGAUGAGGACAUCGACACUCUCCUAUCCAAACUUGAGAAGGUUUCGCCCACCCUUGUCACGGUCAUGAAGCCCGCCGUGGAGGAAAUCAAGCAAACGAUCCAGUUUGCCACAUCUGCGGGCUUCUCUGCCCCCGUUUUCUUCCAUCCCUUAAUGUGGGGCGCUCAUCACAUGCAUUUCAAGGAAGGAGUGCGUAUCGAAGUAGUCAGACGAGCUAGGCGGCUGGACGUUCUCGCUGCAGCUGGACGAUACGACAAUCUCAUCGCCCAGUAUUCCAAUCCGAAACCUAGGUCGGAUCCUAUCUGUGCAUUCGCCAUGCAAAUCGCUCUUGAGAAGAUCGCGAUGGUCCUAGCGGCCUUCCAGAGCACCUCCGUCAAAGCACUCGUUAAGGAACAGCGGUCAUUCGGUUUUUGGAGCCCUCGGAGAUGCGACGUUUACGUCCUUUCAUAUCAAGCAGGCUACUUGCAGGACCGUUUGGAAGUUGCUUCCUUACUGUGGCAAAACAACAUCAGCGCCGAUAUCAUGUAUGAUGCUAACCUCGUGGAAUUUGAACACGAGAGUCACGUCGACCUAUGCACACGCGAGGGAAUACUAUUUGCCAUUUAUCCUCGACCCCGCACCGUGCGUCGCGAGCAGGCCGCUUUCAAGGUGAAAAGCAUCUUGAAGGGCACAGUUUAUGAAGUUUCACGCCAAGAUCUCGUCGGCUGGCUUCAACACCAGAUUGCUGAGCAGAAACGGGUAGAUUUGGCUACCUCAGGCUCAUCCGCCUACCCUGAUACUCUUGCGGUUCCUGUGCCAUCCAAGGAUGCAUCUGCCCCUGAGGUACAGCUCAUUCUACCUGUCGAUGCAAAGAAACAGAAAAAGCAUGUCAAACAAAUGCUUCUUGAUCGAGCGUACGAAAGGACCGGGCACCUUAAAACGGCAGUGCAAAAUGGGUUGCCAAUGCUUGCUGUUGAUGUUCCGAACGCGGUCUUUGAUACGCUGAUGAAGAAUGCCUCCUGGAUCACCGAUGAAGAGACCUGGAAGGGGAUUACAGCGUCCAUGCCUACUGUUCACAUGGCGUAUGCUCAGCAAAUCCGUGAAGCAGCUGCUAAACGAAAAGCUGAAGGAUUCCCGUAUUUGCUAUUCUAUGCCACACGAGAGGAGCGCAUGCAAAUUCUUACUCUCAACUAGGUCCGUUGUGACGGUUUCCCGGAUCUUGUUUACCUUACUUUAUGAUGUCCACCGUCCAUGGGGAUUUGUACUUAUGAAUUCGUAUUCUCUCGCACAGGACUUUGUAUUACUGGAACCACAGAUUUCUCGUAGUGUAUUUUAGUACUGCAGGCUUCAAUUGGACCUUCCUACUUGCUCCAGGCCGUGAAAGUCUCUUGGAACCCGUCGGCAUUAUCACUGGAGCGGAUGACCCCAUUCUGUGAUACGCUGAGCUGGUAAGUAGUAGCUAUGGUUGACACACUGUAUGCAAUGACGUUCGACGCAGAAUCGAUGUUGA